AUGGUCACCGACACGUUGGCUGACCGGUCUGUGAUAGUCGCCCACGGUCAGCUGCGAGUAUUCCCCAUCACGCAGAGCCACCCGCACAGCAACCCGGUCUUCUUCGAGGCAAGCCCCGAACUGUCGACAAUGCUCGCGAUGCUACAAGUCUGUGCGCAGACUGCCCUGGAAGACAUCAUCGACGAGACCACUUACGCGCCCCUGUGCCUGAUUCCUGUCUUUCCAAUGAGAGACUGGGGCCAGGCCUCCCGAGUGCUCUUCUGGCAGGUGAGUGCAGUGCAGUGCAGUGCAGUGCCGUGCAGUGAGGGAAGAUACCUUGCAGCAUCGUGCGUGUGGCUGGGUGUGGCUGGGUGCAUGGUGCGUGCUGCCUGUGUCUGUGUCUGUGUCUGUGUCUGUGUGUGUGUGUGUGUGUGUGCAGAAGCUGAAGCUGGGCAUCAGGAUUGAUGGGAGAGGGGACUGUUCCUGGUACUUCCUUCCCUCAGUGGUGUACACGUCGAUGGAGGCGCUGCUGCGCGGCGUUGCCAAGGUCUUCGGGGCGGGAGUCAUGGACCGCAUCAAGAUGGCACACAUGACCACCUACGACACGUGCGCGACCCGUGCAACACACAUGGCACACACACGACGCUUUCAAAUAUGUGUGUGUGUGUGUGUGUAUUCAGAUACGUCGGGACGAGCGUCGGCGUGUUGACGGCCCCAAUCAAGGACAUGAUGACGCGAGCAGCGUGGCAGGCCAACAUCGCGGCCUUGAUCCAGCACACGGAGCUGACCGACACACUGCAGGACCUCUACCGCACCAGGGCACAAGAGGUGAAUGAAUCCGUGUGGCACAAACACACACACUUGUGUAUGUUAUGUUUGUUUGGCAGCGGCGUGUGUCCGCCGAGGUGGUUGAGAAGGAGGUCAUGAAUGCGGCCAUCGCCUUCACGGACCUGGUGCGCGCCCACCUCAUCGAGUACACCGAGGUCAGCACGAUCGCUCAGAAGGAGACCAACACAGACAGCCCAGAGAGAGAUGAGGUGUGUAACACAGACAGCGGUCUUCUUGGCUGUCUGUCUGUCUGUCUGUCUGCUCUGUGCCCACAGGACAUGAAGAGCAACACGUACGAGAGAAUGUCACUGCAGGACCACUGCGGCCUCCCAUGCCACGAGUGGCGGCGCAUCAGAGCCGAGCUGCGGGACAUUUCUGUCGAGAGCUAUCCGGAGGACGUCAAGGCUGUCAUCAACAUGCCCGAGUGUGAGGAAAUGCAGCCAGAGAGCGUGGUGGGACGGCUGUGCCGCCUGCAGGCCGACGGCACCUAUAUGCCCUCCUUCCUUAUGCUCCUGCGGGCGCAUGGCCUGCUGCGUCUAGACAGGAGCAAGUGAUUGGCUGAUGGGGUGCAUGGGUGGUGUCGGUGGACAAACGAUGCGGCGUCUUGUCUGCCGCCGUGGCGAUAGAUACUCAUUUUGAUGUGUUGCGACUGACUGCUGAUCUAGAUCGUGUCGC